AUGUCCCAGGAGACAGGUCUUUGGAGCGUCCGAAGACCUCGAGAGACCCUCGGCGGCAUCAACCUCAACUCUGCCCUCCCACAGUCAGCAUCCGCAAUGAAGAGAUCGCACUCGAUCAGCGGAAACGCCGGCUUCUCCAACAGCCAUGCGCGCUCAAUGUCGGGAUCUAGGCAAUCCCUGGCCAUGAGCAGGCCGGCGCAGCCUAUGUUCUCGCGCUCCUCGUCGGGCACCAACCUCGCGGAUCUCGGAAUGCAAUCCGUGAAGCGGUCUUCCUUCCAGAACAACCCCAACUCGGGCAUCAAGAGCUAUGCUUCAGCCAGCAUGGCAGGACGCAAUUCCGAAGGGGAGCAACGGCGGAGCAGUGUGUACCGCUCGCGGCCUUCAACCAACGGGCCCAUGAGCCACCAGAGCUUCUUCCAGCAAGCGCCGCAAGCAGCAGGUGUACCCCGCGAUCCGCGACCGUUGAGGGACCGAUCAUUCCAAGCACGCAUCGGUCAGGAGUUAUUGGAUUACCUCGUGCAGCACAACUUCGAGAUGGAAAUGAAACAUACCCUAUCGCAAAACCUAAUCAAAUCGCCCACUCAGAAGGAUUUCAACUACAUGUUCCAGUGGCUGUACCACCGUAUCGAUCCCAGCUACCGCUUCCAGAAGAACAUUGAUCAGGAAGUCCCGCCUAUCUUGAAGCAGCUUCGGUAUCCCUACGAGAAGAGCAUAACGAAGUCACAGAUCGCUGCUGUCGGAGGCCAGAAUUGGAGCACAUUCCUGGGUUUGCUACAUUGGAUGAUGCAGCUGGCGCAGAUGCUCGAGGGCUUUGCAAUGAACCGAUACGACGAAGCCUGCGCCGAAGCUGGAAUUGAUGUCAGUGGUGAUCACAUCAUCUUUGACUUUUUAAGCACGGCAUACCGCGGCUGGCUGGACAUGGACGAAGAUGCGGACGAUGAAGAUGCUAAGAGGAUCCUCGGUCCCCUCGUGGAAGGAAUGGCAAAUGCAUUUGAAAGAUCAAACUCGAAGUAUCUAUCCGAGCUUGAGAUGCUGGAAGCCGAGAAUGCCCGUCUCGUCAAGGAGAUGGAAGACCUCGAGAAAUCGACGCCAGAUCCCCGGGUGCUCGAUGACCACUUCAAGAUCAUGGAGGAGGAUAAAGUCAAAUUUGAGGAGUAUAAUGCGCUUGCGAUGCAACGAUCCGAAAAAUACGAAAGCCGUAUUGCAGUAUUACAAGAGGAAUUGGACAAACUGCUCGAGGAGCUGAGAGAGGCAGAUGAUGAACGCCGCGGGCUGCAAAACGAAGUCGAUAGCCAAGGGAUUAGCAUGCAGGAUAUUGACCGCAUGACCUCAGAACGUGAACGAUUGCAGAAAGGCAUUGAGUCGGCUGCACUGCGACUCGAAGACGUCAAGAAGAAGGUGGCCGACAAAGAACUGGAAGCGAGCCGGAAACUUGAAGAAUUGGAACGCUUGGUCGACAAGUACAACACGGUCGCUUAUCAGAUCGGGCUCAUCCCUUCCACGGCUGUCAAUGCCAGAGGGGAUCAAUAUGAGCUAGCCGUGACAGUCAACGAGUCAAACUUCACGGGCUCCAUCAUGAAAGGCUCCUACAGUGGUGCAACGGAGACCGAACGACUACUAGCUGAUCCAGUCACUGGUUAUCAACCAGCUCACGUUCUCAACCUGGACCUCCGCGGGCAUGUUAAAAACAGCUUUGUGGCGCUCCGGAAAGAGAUAUCUGACCGUCGUGGUGAGGCUAUGGACGCCAUGAUGAAGGACCACGACCUCCUCGAUGGCAUUAAGGAGGCGAUCGAGGACAAGAAGAACGAGGUCGAAGCUCUAGAGCACAGGGUGAGGGCCGCUGAGGAGGAGUACGAAAAGACUAAGGAGGUCACUACGACGCAGAAGCUGGCGAGUGACGCUCAAAUUGAGAAGAUGGAGAAGGAGCUUGCCAAGAUGAGGGCCCAGCUUACCGAGUCUGUGCAGCUGAUGGAGCAACGCGAGAUGAACACGAAUAUUGAGUAUGAACAGCUCACGCUGCGCGCAAAUUCUCUACGAGAGGAGUUGCACACUGAGAUUGAGAAGAUGCUCAAUGACAUCAUCAAGUUCAAGGUGCACAUCCAGAAGAACCUUGAAGAUUACGAGGGCUUCGUGGCCGAUGAGCUUGAGAAGGAGUUGGGGAGUGACGAGGUUAGAGAUGAUACCCAGGGUGUUGACAUGUAA